CUACUUGCACCGUGCCGACAAGUUCAAUACGCAUUGGACAACAUGGGAGGGCCAGACAAAAGCGCGCACUCUGAUCGGGAUCGCAAUGGCUCGGAGCCUCUCAGCGUUGAGGGCCAUAGCACCGUCGAUGUUAACACCGGGGAGUUGAUGUGGGAACCCGAAGAGCGCAAGGAGGAACAGCCGUACACCUGCGCUCGGUCAUGCGGCUGUCCAACCCCAUUUGAUGGGCACAACAUCACGCUCAAGAGCGCGCUACAUUGGGUCACGAGCAACCGCGUCGAAUGGCUGGCGGGCAUCACUACGGGGCUGACGGCCGUGCCCACUGCCGUGGCUUUCGCCAUUCUGGCGGGCGUGCAGCCGUCCGUGGGCCUUCGCGGAACUUGGAUUAUCAUGCUUGUGAUGUCUCUCUUUGGAGGGCGCACCGGUAUGGUGUACAGCAACUCGGGUAGCAUGGGCGUGAUCAUUGAGCCUUUUGUGGCUGAUGAGGGCACGGAGAUGGUGUUCUACGCCUUUAUUCUGGCCGGUAUCAUCCAAGUCGCGCUGGGCUUUCUAGGCGUUGCGAAGCUUCUCCGCCUGAUGCCCGUGAGCGUCAUCAUCGGCUUCGUGAACGGACUGGCCAUCGUUCUCUUCUUGGCGCAGAUGAAGAGUUUCCAGGAGGGCCUCUCUCUCGGGGGCUCGGGCGGCGACGACGACGAAGGCGACGGCUCCCGGCGCCGCCUCAACAGCUUCUCGGUUUUCACCGACGGUUCCGAGUGGCUGAGCGGCUCACAGCUGUGGUACACGCUGCUCAUCGUGGUCGUCACCAUGAUCACGAUUGUCGUGUACCCCAUGCUGACCAAGAAUUUGAAGGGAACCUGGGCUGUGUUCAAGAUGCUCCCUCCUAUCCUGGUAGGUAUUAUCGUGGCUACGGCAGUGGAGUGGCUGAUCGUGCGCUUCGCAGCCGGACACGACGGAACGAGAACAUUGGAGGACAUUGCCAACGACGUCGGCUCAUUCCCACAGCCGGCGUGGUUCGACGACGAGUUUGACAUGCCCCCCCUGAACGGCAGCACGUUCGCGACAAUACUCCCAACGGCAAUCAGCCUGAUGGCCGUGGGACUUGUGGAGUCUCUGAUGACGGUCCGCUUGGUGAACGAGAUCACGCAGACUUCAUCCAACAUCCAUCGCGAGGCUAUCGUGGGUGGCGUGGGCAACUUCGUGGCCGGGGUGUUCGGCGGUCAGGGCGGGAACUCGGAAAUCGGACUCACGAUGGUGAACGUCGAGUGCGGUGGGCGGACGCGCAUCGCUGCGACAGUAGCAGGGCUUCUCGUGCUAGUCGUGGUGUUAGGGGCAUCUCCGGCGAUCAACCUCAUCCCACUGGCAGGGCUCGUGGGUGUAAUGCUCGUUAUCGCUUUCAACACGUUCGAUUGGGGGAGCACUCUGAUGGUGCUUGCAGCUGCACUCCCGGAAAGGUAUCGCUCGCACAAGGCAGUGUUCGAGAAGAAGAUCUCACGCGCUGACGCCCUAAUUAUUGUGGUGGUGACUGUGGCCACCCCGUUCACGAAUCUGGCCAUCGCGGUCGGCAUCGGUAUCGCCGUUGCGUGCCUCGCGUUCGUGUGGAAAAAUUCGGAGGCGGUCACCGCCCAAAGUUACUUCCGUGCAGGUUACGACGUCAAGGAUCCUGCAAUCAUAAAGGUAUGCUCGCUCGAGCUUUUUGAGGAAAAGAGACUACUGUUUUGUGGUGUUCGACGUGCGAAGAAUGAAACGGCCUCGCUUCCUCAACACUGCUGUAUGUUCUCCUUUUCAUGUUUCACAUUCUUUUUCGACGCCAAGGUUUACGAGAUCAUGGGCAACCUUUUCUUCGCAUCCAGUGAGACGUUCCUCAACCUCUUCGAUCACCGCAACGACCCUCGCAUGGUGGAAGUCCAUUUGCACACGGCCGAUAUCGAAGACUUCAGUGCCAUGAAGACCCUCGAGACUCUUGGAGAGCGCUAUGCGAACGCCGGCAAGAAGCUCCGCCUGCGCAGGAUUAAAAAGGACUCUCUGCGCGUCCUGACCAAGGCCCAGGCGCUCAUGUCGGAUGAUAUGGACGUCGUGAUGGACGAGGACCCGCUCGUGCCCCAAGUGUCGCGCCACCCUAAGGGCAUGCGAGAAGCCCUGAUCAUCAACUUCUUCGACAGGGACCCUUACACUCGUCGCCACAGGUCCAGGUCCAUGGCAGAAGUAGCGUACCCGUCGCCGGACGACGCUGUUGUGCCCACCGCCGUCACCAACAGCGGUGGCGUGCUGAGCACGGCCUCUAGGGCGAAUGAGCACGGUGGUGGCGUCCCGAGGCUCACGUCGGCUGAGGUGCAGCCUCCGGCGGGCUCCACAGGGAUGUGGAUCUAGGGGUUACACGGACAGUUUUGCGCUGUUGCCGUCGUGCCUUGUGGCGCGCGACGUAGGCCUUUG